UAAAGCAAGCAAAGCAAUCUAAAUCCGAGCCGUCUUUAUAUAUGUGUCAUUCUCUCCAGGCGCGACGUUUCUCCUUUAUGUGCUCAUCUUUUGUCUGUUUCCACUUUCUUUCCUGUGUCUUAUGAUGUCUUUCAUUCAUGUAAUAACCUGUACUCUUCCAGUACUGCGCUAAUCUCCAAGCAGAUCUUUUGGUAGCAAGAAAACAGUUACUGUAUCACAUUGAUAACUGGCCACCGUUUAGCUGGCAAAAGAUACCGGCACAAAAAAGAAAAUAAAAAAGCACAGAAAAGACUUCCAAAAUAAAUCAAAGCCCAAACCUCUGCUUGGAGAGAAGUACUGCGCAUCUCCCCCAACCUCCUUCCUCACCUACGUUUCUCACCUGGUCGCUCUAGAACUGCCCCUUAAGAUCGAGAAGGAUCUUGAGGACCAGGAGAUCUGGGAGAAGCAGAUGGCGACGUACGAGGUGGAGCUGAACAAGCCGGACAUGAACGUGUUCUGGUUCCGCGAGAACGUGCGCAUCGUGCCCAGCGACGAGAUUGAGAUCCGGUCAAAGGGCAAUGCCUACACGCUGGUGCUGCACAAGCGCAAACUGUCCGACGCCGGAGAGAUCCGGUUCUCCGUCGGAGAGCUGUCCUCCACCGCGCAGCUCAUCGUUAAAGAGCUGCCUGUAGAGAUUGUGCGCGAGCUUCAGGACCAGGAGGUCUGGGAAGACGAGACCGCGCGCUUCGAGAUCGAACUCUCGCGACAGAUCACCGAGUUCCACUGGUCCAAGAAGGGCGAGGAGCUCCAAACCGGCGCUUCCGUGGACUUCCUACAGGACGGAAACGUCUACAAACUGGUCCUGAUGGACUGUAAGAUUGAGGACAUGGGAACCAUCAAGUUCGAAACGGAGGACAGAAAGUCCUCGGCGACCCUGGUGGUGAAAGAACUGCCAGUAGAAAUCACGCGCCAGCUCGAAGACGUGGAAGUCUACGAGCGAGACUCCGCCACCUUCGAGGUGGAACUGAACAAGAAGGACCUGCAAGUCCAGUGGUUUAAGAAAGGCUCCGAGCCCUGCGAGGAGAACGGAAAGUACCGGUUCGAGGUGGACGGGACGGCCUACAGCCUCAUCAUCCGCGACAUCAAGCUCACGGACGCCGGGAAGUAUACCUGCGCGUCCAAGGACAGCGAAACCACCGCGAACCUCAUCGUGGACCCGCUGCCACUUAAGAUUGAGAAGGACCUAGAAGACGUGGAGGUCUGGGAGAAGGAGACGGCGGUGUUCCAGACGGAGCUGAACCACCCGGACCGUCCCAUCGUCUGGUUCAAGAAGGGUCAGCAGCUGGCGGACUCGGACACGGUGGCGAUCACGUCCGAGGGCAUGCGCUACUUCCUCACCAUCCGCGACGCGCAGCUGAGCGACAUGGGGACGAUCAAGUUUCAGGUCGAGGGCCUGAAAUCUGCUGCGACCCUGCUCGUCAAAGAGCUGCCCUACACCUUUACUGCCGAGCUGGAGGACCAGCGUGCCAUGGAGCGCGACCCCCUCUCCACCUUCACCUGCGAGAUGUCCAAACCGGACAUCGAGGCCACGUGGUACCGGGGAGAGGAGAAGCUGAAGGCUGGGGAGAAAUAUGAGAUGGAACGCGACGGCUGCGUGCACCGCCUGCUCAUCCGCAACGUUCGGCUGGACGACGACAGCAGCUACACCUGCGCGAACAAGGACAACAAGACGACGGCAAAGCUCACCGUGGACCCGCUUCCUCUUGAGAUCGUGACCGAUCUUGAGGACGUUGAGGUCUGGGAGAAGGAAACUGCGACCUUCGUCAUCGAGAUGAACCACGAAGGCCGAGAGGUCGAGUGGCAGAAGAAGGGCGUGAAGUGCGAAAAGAGCGAAACCGUUGAUAUGAAGUCCGAGGGUUACAAGUAUUUCCUGGUGAUUAAGGACUGCCAGCUGUCAGACAUGGGGACGGUCAAGUUCCAGUCUGACAGACAGAAGUCCUCGGCGACUCUGCUCGUAAAAGAGCUGCCGGCAGUCUUCACCAAGCAGCUGCAGUCAUGCCAGAGGCUGGAGUUCCAGCAGGCCGUGUUCGAGUGCGAGACCUCGCGCGGCACCGCGCAGUGCAAGUGGUUCCGCAAGGGGGUUGCCAUAGAGCCUUCCGACAAGUACGAGAUUCGCGCGAGCGACCGGGACCACAUGCUCAUCGUGCACGACGUCCGCUUCGAGGACGACUCGGCGUACGAGUGCCGCAUCGUGGUGGGCGGCGAGGACACCACCAGCGCCGAACUUACCGUGGAAGAGGCGCCUGCUGAGAUUAUGACACCACUUAAGGAUCAGACAGUCAUGGAAGAGGAGACAGCCACUUUCACUUGCGACGUCUCUAAGGAGAACGCAAAGGUGAAGUGGCUGAAGGGUGAGCUGGAGGUGAAGCCGACCGAGAGGAUCGUGAUGGAGGCUGUCGGCAAGACGCACAAACUGACGAUCCAGAAGGCCGAGCUCACCGACCAAUCACCUUUCUCCCUGGUGGCCACAGGAGGCCAGACCACAGCCAAUCUUACCGUCAUCAAAAUCCCGCCCGAGUUCUCGCUGGGUGUGAAGGAUGUGAAGGUUCGUGAGACGGAGACAGCAACCUUCAAGUGCGAACUGACAAGGGACGCUGACUUCGUCAGAUGGAGGAGGAAUGGAGACUGGAUCGACACAAAAGACAGCGAGAAGUACGAGACAAUCGGCAAGGGCCGUAAGCACGCCCUGCUGAUCAACAACUGUGUGCCGGAGGACGCCAUAAGCUACACUGCUGUAGUCGGCGAAAAGGAGAGCACUGCCAAGUUAGAAGUGGAAGAGUUAGUACGGAUUGUUAUACCGCCCGAGCCCACUUCGGUGAUUACCAAUGAGGUAACUAAAUUCGAGUGCGAGCUCAACACGGAGAAAGCAGACGUGACGUGGUGGAAGGAAGGCGCGGAGAUCCGACCGGGGGAGAAGUACCGGAUGGAGAAGGAUAAGAAGAAGCACACGCUGUUUAUCGCCGACACCACCGAGGCCGACGCGGGAAUGUACUCCGUGACCGCCGGAGAGGACCAGGCGAACGCUCCACUGACUGUGGGAGAGCCCCCCCUGAAGAUGAUUGAAGGUCCGAAGGACCAGCUUGUGAUUGAGAAGGAGACGGCGACGUUCUCCUGUGUGACAAACAAGGACGGGGAAGUCAAGUGGCAACGGGCUGGGCAGGACUUGGAGCCCAGCGACAAGUACAAGUAUGAGAAGGACGGCACGCGUCACAGCCUGCUGAUCCAGGACUGUAAGCUGGACGAUAAGGACACCUACACGGCCGUGGCAGGAGACCACAAGCUGUCGGCAAAACUUACUGUCAAGUUGCCGGCAGUGAAGUUCGGACUCCCCCUGGAUGACCAGGAGAUUAUGGAGACCGAAACCGCGACCUUCGAGACAACCGUCUCCCGGCCGUGCAAGGUCACAUGGAGGAAGGGCGGAGUGAACAUUGAACCCAGCGAGAGGGUGAGAGCACUAGAAGACGGACUGAAGCACACACUGAUUAUCGAUGACUCCGUGGUGGAGGGACUUUUGGUGAGAGCACUAGAAGACGGACUGAAGCACACACUGAUUAUCGAUGACUCCGUGGUGGAGGAUGAGGAUACCUACACCAUCCUGGCUGAUGAGUCAGAGGCCUCUGCUAAACUCACAGUGGAAGCUCUUCCGCUGAAGUUUAUCCGUAAGAUGACCUUGGCCACCGUGCCACUGAAGGGCACAGCUGUGUUCGAGAACGAGCUCAACAAGAGUGUCAAGGGCAAGUGGCUGCUCAAGGGCGACCAGGUCAUCAAGGAGAGCGACAAGUACAAGAUGACACAUGUUGGCAAGGUACACACCUUGACCGUCCAUGACUGCACCUUUGAUGAUGAAGUCGAGUACGUCUUCGUCAUCCCCAAGAAGGACCUGAAGGCAGCCGCCACUCUGGAGAUUGGAGAGCCGCCCAAGUUUGUGAACUACAGCCCAGACAUCCUGAAGACUCAGGCUAACAGUGGACAGAAACGUUCCUAUAACAUAGACUGGGUCGGCAUCCCCAAACCACAUCUGUCAUGGGAGGCAUUCGGACCCAUCGAGAAGCCAAUGGGCCGGUCCACAGUGGAACGUCAGGACGACCCCCAGGUGGUGAAGUUCGAGGUUCGCGACCUGAUCCGUAAGGACGCCGGAACCUACAAGCUCAAGAUCAAGAACAAGCACGGAGAGGACACACUGGACCUGGACAUCAGCAUCAUUGAUGUCCCUGGCCCGGUACAGAACCUUGGUUUCACCGACGUGACCAGGGACAAGAUGUCCUUCUCCUGGGAGGCACCCGAGGAUGACGGCGGCUCUCCCGUCACCGGAUAUGUCGUUGAGGUCCUGGGACCUAAAGAAGAAACCUGGACAGUCCUGACAGAGAACUGGCCUGACUUUGAGUUCAUCGCCAAGGACCUGAUCGAGAACAACGAGUACACCUUCAGGGUCACCGCUCAGAACGUUGUCGGGCGGGGCCCACCCACGGAGACGCCCAAGCGCAAGGCCAAGCUGCCAUUCGACCCCCCAGGCCCGCCUGAGAACCCCCAGCUUCCUGAGGUGAAGCGCACACAGGUGAAGUUCACCUGGGAGGUGCCCAAGGAAGAUGGCGGCAGCCCCAUCACCGGAUACUUCGUGGAGAAGAAGCUGGAUGGAAAGGAGUGGGUGAGGGUGAACGACCUGAAGACCCCUGACCUGAAGAUGACCAUUAAGGACCUGCCGCAGGGUGCGGAGGCGGAAUUCCGCUGUCUGGCCGUGAACUUGGCCGGCGAGGGACCGCCCAGCAAGCCCAUGGCUCCUGUCAAGCUCUUCGAGCGUCCGGGUCCGCCCCAGAACCUGUCCCUGUCCAACCCCAGCCGCUACGGCGUGACCUUCAGCUACGCCGCGCCCGCCGACGACGGGGGCACGCCAAUCACCGGUUACCAUGCCUACCGUACGGAGGAGGGCCUGGAGGACUGGCAGCCCUGCGCUGACCCUACCAUGGACACUAGUCUUAAGGUCUGCACUUAA